UGGUGGUGGUCGCUCUUUGGAUAAAGGUGUUCGAGGCAACAGCGCUAUUUCAAAAGUUCAAGCAAGAUAAUAAGAUAUGGCAUCAUCAGCGUGGAGGGUACUUCAGAUGUGCAUGAUCCUUCGAGCUGCCUUUGCCGGAGUUGUAAUGGUGCAUGGCGCGCACAUCUGUGAUGAGAUGAAUACCCAUACCAUUGAGGAUGCAAAUGGCAACAACUGUACCGAUCCGUUUAUACUGCCACCAGUGACAGUGCGUGGACCAGACGGAGUGAUAAACGGCAGAACCAGUAGCAUCCAUCUUCCUGUCGGUCAGAAUCUCUCCGUGAAUGUCACAGCAAGCCAGUCGCUGUCCAGUGCUAUACAUCAACAUGUAGGAGUGGACUGCAUGGUGUACGCCACCGUGGGACUGGCCGGACAGAACAAUGUCACGCGCUAUUGUGAGCGGCUUGCAGACACCGCCCAGCUGGUAUUUCCCGACCCAGCGACCCGUCCCUACUUCAUACACCUAGGCCUGUACAUGGAGCAGAACAACACGUGCCGGGCACUCAAGCACAUCACAGUGACCAUGGAGACUGCCGUCUCGACCAGCACACCGACCACCCGCAGCAGCAACAGCCCUGGUGGGCCAAGCAGUUCUGCCAAGCCAGCUCUGUCUCCCUCAUGUAUCGUGUGUCCUCCGCUUCUUGCUGUUCUUAUGCUGCUAGCGUGAAAAAUUACGUGCGUGUGUAUGUGUGUGGUGUGAUGUGUGUGUGAAAAAAAAUGUAAAAGACCAAAAAGUAGGGAUUCACUGGCCAGAAAAAGCCACUUCAUAGCUAUGUGGUGUAGACCAGGCUGAAUAGUGGCGGUCAAUUCUUCAGCCUUGCAAGCUGUUGAGUGGUGCAAUCCCAGCACAAGCUGCUAUGGCUUCUGCUGUAGCAUCGCUAUCAUCGCCUCUGGCGAUGGGCGUCCAAUGGUCCAAUGGUGUGUAUGUGUGUGUGUAUGUUUGUGUAUGUGUGUGUGUGUGUGUGUGUGUGUGUGUGUGUGUGUGUGUGUGUGUGUGUGUGUGUGUGUGUGUGUGUGUGUGUGUGUGUGUGUGUGUGUGUGUGU